CGCUCGCAACAAUGGUUGAUAUGUCCGAUUUGACGGAUGGUGCUGCACGUGAAAUCGUUAUGGAUGAGAGUGUCUUCGGUAUUGAAUUCAAGUCACUUAUUACACUUGAUGACUUGGAGGAGAUUUUUAAGCAUGAUCAACUAGGCGUCAAUAACAUGCACUCAUACAUUCGGUUGUUGUAUGACAGAGUGUUGCGCGGGACUCCGUUGUCUAACAGAUUCCGUUUCGUGUCUUCCGCCCACUGCAGCGGAAUGGCAAUUGAUUCGGAACCGGAAUCAGUUAGACAGUGCUUAGUAGAUAGAUUCAUGUCCACCGGCAAUACAGAAUGUCUGCAUCUUUGGGCGUAUAAUACCCGACCAGUAGGGUUAGUUUCUCAUUCUUUGUUCAUCUAAUCUCUGUUUCUUUUG